AUGUCCGAAGAACAAGAUCCGCUCAUGGCGGCAAUGAAUGGCGAGGAUGGAGACAAUAAGGGCGCAAGCGACAACACGGGCACUGGAGCGGCUACCGAAGCGCCAAAGGCAGCGGCUCCGAUAGCACCCGAGCAGGAGGCACGGAACAAGGCGUUGUCCCAGUUCAAGAAGAAGCUGCUGGAGCAUAGACGGUACGACGACCAGUUAAAGCAGCGGAGGCAGGAUAUACGAGAGCUGGAGAGGCAAUACGAGAAGACAGAGCAAGACAUCAAGGCUCUGCAGUCGAUUGGGCAGUUGGUGGGCGAAGUGAUGAAGGAGCUUUCGGACGAGAAGUACAUUGUGAAGGCGUCGAGUGGCCCGCGGUACAUUGUGGGGGUGCGCAACAGCGCGGACCGGUCCAAGCUGAAGAAGGGGGUUCGCGUUACACUGGACAUUACGACGCUCACGAUCAUGCGGAUUUUGCCGCGCGAGACAGACCCGCUGGUCUACAACAUGACGACGUUCGAGCAGGGCGAGAUCUCGUUUGACGGAAUUGGAGGAUUGACGGAACAGAUUCGGGAGCUCAGGGAGGUGAUCGAGCUUCCGCUAAAGAACCCAGAGAUUUUCCAGCGGGUGGGUAUUCAGUCUCCCAAGGGUGUGCUACUAUAUGGCCCACCUGGUACCGGCAAGACCUUGCUAGCGAAGGCUGUUGCAGCGACCAUUGGGGCAAACUUUAUCUUCUCGCCCGCAUCCGGCAUCGUUGACAAAUAUAUCGGUGAGUCUGCGCGUAUCAUUAGAGAGAUGUUUGCAUAUGCUAAGGAACACGAACCGUGUAUCAUCUUUAUGGACGAAGUGGAUGCGAUUGGUGGGCGGAGAUUUAGCGAAGGGACUUCUGCAGACCGUGAGAUCCAGCGUACCUUGAUGGAAUUGCUUACGCAGAUGGAUGGUUUUGAUAACUUGGGUCAGACCAAGGUCAUUAUGGCUACCAACAGACCUGAUACCUUGGACCCUGCUUUAUUAAGGCCUGGUAGACUAGACAGAAAGAUUGAAAUCAGCUUGCCAAACGAGGCAGGUAUGCUCGAAAUCUUUAAGAUCCACACUGCUAAGGUUAAGAAAAGCGGUGAAUUUGACUUCGAAGCGGCGGUUAAGAUGUGCGACGGCUUCAAUGGUGCAGAUAUCCGCAACUGUGUCACCGAAGCAGGGUUCUUCGCCAUCAGAGAUGAUCGUGACUACAUUAUACAAGAGGAUCUGAUGAAGGCUGUCAGGAAGGUUGCAGAGGUUAAGAAGUUGGAAGGUAAGUUGGAGUACCAGAAGCUCUAA